AUGUUUUCCAAUAUAAAGCAUAAAAAUAAAUUUAAUAACGAUAAAAUCAAUAAUGAGCAAAAUGAUGAUGAUGAUGAUGAUGAUGAUGAUGAUGAUGAUGAUGAUGAUGAUGAUGAUGAUGAUGAUGAUGAUGAUGAUGAUGAUGAUGAUGAUGAUGAUGAUGAUGAUGAUGAUGAUGAUGAUGAUGAUGAUGAUGAUGAUGAUGAUGAUGAUGAUGAUGAUGAUGAUGAUGAUGAUGAUGAUGAUGAUGAUGAUGAUGAUGAUGAUGAUGAUGAUGAUGAUGAUGAUGAUGAUGAUGAUGAUGAUGAUGAUGAUGAUGAUGAUGAUGAUGAUGAUGAUGAUGAUGAUGAUGAUGAUGAUGAUGAUGAUGAUGAUGAUGAUGAUGAUGAUGAUGAUGAUGAUGAUGAUGAUGAUGAUGAUGAUGAUGAUGAUGAUGAUGAUGAUGAUGAUGAUGAUGAUGAUGAUGAUGAUGAUGAUGAUGAUGAUGAUGAUGAUGAUGAUGAUGAUGAUGAUGAUGAUGAUGAUGAUGAUGAUGAUGAUGAUGAUGAUGAUGAUGAUGAUGAUGAUGAUGAUGAUGAUGAUGAUGAUGAUGAUGAUGAUGAUGAUGAUGAUGAUGAUGAUGAUGAUGAUGAUGAUGAUGAUGAUGAUGAUGAUGAUGAUGAUGAUGAUGAUGAUGAUGAUGAUGAUGAUGAUGAUGAUGAUGAUGAUGAUGAUGAUGAUGAUGAUGAUGAUGAUGAUGAUGAUGAUGAUGAUGAUGAUGAUGAUGAUGAUGAUGAUGAUGAUGAUGAUGAUGAUGAUGAUGAUGAUGAUGAUGAUGAUGAUGAUGAUGAUGAUGAUGAUGAUGAUGAUGAUGAUGAUGAUGAUGAUGAUGAUGAUGAUGAUGAUGAUGAUGAUGAUGAUGAUGAUGAUGAUGAUGAUGAUGAUGAUGAUGAUGAUGAUGAUGAUGAUGAUGAUGAUGAUGAUGAUGAUGAUGAUGAUGAUGAUGAUGAUGAUGAUGAUGAUGAUGAUGAUGAUGAUGAUGAUGAUGAUGAUGAUGAUGAUGAUGAUGAUGAUGAUGAUGAUGAUGAUGAUGAUGAUGAUGAUGAUGAUGAUGAUGAUGAUGAUGAUGAUGAUGAUGAUGAUGAUGAUGAUGAUGAUGAUGAUGAUGAUGAUGAUGAUGAUGAUGAUGAUGAUGAUGAUGAUGAUGAUGAUGAUGAUGAUGAUGAUGAUGAUGAUGAUGAUGAUGAUGAUGAUGAUGAUGAUGAUGAUGAUGAUGAUGAUGAUGAUGAUGAUGAUGAUGAUGAUGAUGAUGAUGAUGAUGAUGAUGAUGAUGAUGAUGAUGAUGAUGAUGAUGAUGAUGAUGAUGAUGAUGAUGAUGAUGAUGAUGAUGAUGAUGAUGAUGAUGAUGAUGAUAUGAUGAUGAUGAUGAUGAUGAUGAUGAUGAUGAUGAUGAUGAUGAUGAUGAUGAUGAUGAUGAUGAUGAUGAUGAUGAUGAUGAUGAUGAUGAUGAUGAUGAUGAUGAUGAUGAUGAUGAUGAUGAUGAUGAUGAUGAUGAUGAUGAUGAUGAUGAUGAUGAUGAUGAUGAUGAUGAUGAUGAUGAUGAUGAUGAUGAUGAUGAUGAUGAUGAUGAUGAUGAUGAUGAUGAUGAUGAUGAUGAUGAUGAUGAUGAUGAUGAUGAUGAUGAUGAUGAUGAUGAUGAUGAUGAUGAUGAUGAUGAUGAUGAUGAUGAUGAUGAUGAUGAUGAUGAUGAUGAUGAUGAUGAUGAUGAUGAUGAUGAUUUCUAAAAUUAAAGAAUUAGAAAAACGUUGUGCAUUACAAUUAUUAAGACAUGAAGAAAUUUUAUUAGAAAUUGAAGAUGUACGUAAACGUAGUUGUAUCCAAUCGAAUAAUUCAUCAAUGAUGAUGGCAACUACAACAACAACAACAACAUUGAAUUCUAUAAAAAAUCAAUUACAUAAUGAUAUUGAUUCAAUUAAUCAAUCAACAUCAUCAAUAUCUUCUUCUUUAAUCAAUAAUAAUAAUAAUAAUAAAGUUUAUGGUCGGUUAUUACAAUUAGGCCAACAGAAUAAAUUGAAACAAGAUUAUAUACAAUCUUAUGAAAUGGAUUCAUCAUUAUUAUUAGAUCCAUCAUCUUCGACAUUAGAUAUAAUAGGAUUCAAUAAACAAAUGACGAAUAAUAAACAAGUUAAAGGCAGAUUAUUUCGUAGUAAUACUGAUCUACAAAUACCCGAAGGUGAUGAUCCAAAUUUAGUCGAACUAUUUCAAGUUAUUGAAGAAUCUAACAAAUCAACCGAUGUUCCAGCACCAAGAAUGAUAACAUUAGAACGUCAAUUAUUUCAAAGUGUAUUAAUUAGUUGGAAAUCACCAGAAUUAAAUUCAAUGAAUGAAAAUAAAAUUGUAUCUGCAUAUCAUAUUUAUGUUGAUGGACAAUUUCGUUUAGCUGUUAUGGCUAAAGAAAAAACUCGUGCACUGAUUGAUAAUGUGGAUGCUGAUAAACCUCAUCGAAUUUCAAUUCGAUCUAUUUCUUCACAUGGUCAAUCUAAAGAUGCACAAUGUACAUUAGUUGUAGGUCGUGGUAUGACUGCUACACCAGCUCGAUUAAAAGCUACACAAAUUGGUACUAAAUCAGCUAAAUUAAGUUGGAUUCCAGGAAAUAGUAAUUAUUAUCAUCGAGUUUACUUAAAUGAAACUUCAUUACAUGUAUGCAAACCUGGUGUAUAUAAACUGCACUUAACUGAUCUACCACCAGAUACUUUGCAUCAAGUAUGUGUUCAAGCUUUGCCAUCACCAAUUAGUGUACAAGAAUCAGCUCAGCAAUCUCCACCUUGGAUUAAUACUGCCUGGAGUGGUGUACAUACACAGAAACUAGCUGCUUUUAUCGAAUUUCGUACAUUACCCAUAGGCUUACCAGAUCCUCCAAGUCAUGUACAAAUUGAGGCUGGACCUCAAGAUGGCAUGCUACUUAUCACAUGGCUUCCAGUUCCACAAGAUAAAAAUGCAGUAGAAGCUGUUACAGCUGCCGGUGCUAGUAGUAGUUUACCAGUACAAGGAUAUACUGUUUGUUUGAAUGGUCAAGCAAUUAUGGAAAUGAAGGGAGCUUCAAGAGAUCAUGCUAUAUUGAAAUUAUCUACAAUUAGAGAUCAUAUUCAAAGAUUAUUCAAUAAUUGUACCCAAUCAUCAAUCGAUAUUUAUGAUAAUAAUGAUAAUAGUUCAAAUAAAUUUUCAACUACAUCACCAUCAAUUAUAGAAUUAUAUAUAACUGUACAUUCAACAAUUCCAACAGAAUUAUCAUCUAAAGAAGAAAUAAAUACACUUAAAGAAUGUACAUUAUUAAAAGGUUCAGAAGGUCCUGCAUCGAAACCAAUACAUUUAACUGCAUGUUUAUUAAUUAUGGCAGCUGGUUCACUUGAAACAGCAUAUAAAGUAUUUGGUCCUAAUCUUGCAACUAAACUUGGUAUAAAUGAAAAUACAGCUAAACUAGCUGGUGUAUCUUUAUCACUUGAUGGUUUACAAGAGACAACUACACGAGCAAAUAAUCAAAACGUGGAAAAUAUCAAUUCAGAUGAAGAUCAUGGAUUAUUAGUUGUAUCAGCUGAAAAUGUUGUACGUAAACCUAGUCCAACAGCUGAUGCUUUAGGUUCAGCUGAAGCCUUAUUACUUCGUCGUAAGUUAGAAAAACAAGAGUUAAAAGACGAUAUUAAUGAUCAUGAUGAUCAUGAUCCAUUAACUAAAAUAAAUCAUUCUAAUCAAAAUAUAUCAUCUAUACAAAAAUCAUCAAUAAAUCAAUAUAAUCAAUAUUCCAAAUUUGAUAAUCCAUAUCAUUUACAAGAAAUAAAAUCAAAAUUUGAUCAAACUAGAUCCAUAUCAGAUGAUUAUGACUUAAAUAAUAUAAAAGAUCAUCAUUAUUAUUAUAAUAGUGAUCAUGAAGGAUCAUUCAAUAGUUCUAUAUCAAGUGAUACAUCAAUAAUAUCCAAUCAUAAUAAUCAUCAAUGGUUUCGUACAUCAUCCUCAUAUAAUUUAACAGCGGAUUAUCCAAAUCGUCAAUGGAAACCACGUGGUGUAUUAAGGCAUCAUUUAAAUAAAUCUUAUCCAUAUGAAUAUUAUAAUUCAUUAGGACAAUUUAAUAAAAGGGAUAGAAUUCAAUCGAAUAAACAUAUACAUUAUUUUUAUAAUCACAAUGAUAAAAUGUAUCCUCUUUAUAAAACUCAACAUUUAUAUAAUGAUCCAAAAUCAUUUAAAAGUUAUACUUAUCAUGGAAGAAUAUCACCAAAACAUCAAUCAAAACGUUUAUUUAAUCAAUAUAUCAAUAAUCAAUAUCCAAUAAUAUCUUCAUCAUCUAAUAAUAAUAAUCAUGAUGAUGAUGAUGAUGAUGAAAGAUAUUUAAAUAGAAUAAAAGUGAAUCAACAAAAUUAUAUGAAUCAAGUUGUAUACCCUAAACCGUAUUCCAUAAAUAUAAGAAGUCAUAGUACAAGUCCUAAACAAUUACAUAAAUUGAAUAGAUCUAUAUAUUCACCUAGAAAUAAAGAAAUCGAUUAUAUUAUAUCAAAAAGACCGAUUCAUAAAAGAUCUAAAUAUUAUCGUCCAUUACCAUUAGGAAUUGAACAUCAACAAUGGUCAAUUAAAGAUAGGUAUUAUUCUGGCCAUGUUAAUCCUCAUGAAAAUCUCUCAUUACCGGAAAUACAAAUAACACGGAAUAGUAGCUUAUCAGACAAUGAACCUCAAUUCCAAGCAAAUGAUCACUAUCAACAACAGUCACGAUAUUCCUACCAGGAUUUUCGUGGACCAACUAGACCUAUUCGAUCUCGUUUUAUGGAUACCAGACGACAUGGUUCAUAUGAUCCACAGAUGAGCGUUUCUAACUUCUCAACAACACGUCAUGAUCCUGACUAUCCACGUCCUGUAAUACCAUCAGAUACAUAUACAUCUGGACCGAAGAGACCGUUUCAUUAUAACAUACCAUCACCAGCAUCCGGUCCAAUACCUCAACAUGAAUACAGACCUCCAUUUAAUCAAGUCAACAUGAAAAACUGUAGAUCAGGCGAACAAGGAAGUGGUUUAAGACAAGCAGUCGGAUCACAAUAUUCACGAUCAAGUAAAUCAUUUGUACAAAAUGAACAACAAUAUGGCAGAAAUCAAAGAAACAUUAAUGAUGAUUAUUCAAAUCGAAUGGGCCAUAGUGAAUUGAAACCAAUACAAGUUGUAGUAGCCCUGUAUGAUUAUGAUCCAACUACUAUGUCACCAAAUAUUGAUGGUGCACAAGAAGAAUUACCAUUUCGAGAAGGACAACUUAUCAAAAUUCUUACUGAAUGUGAUGAAGAUGGAUUUUAUCUUGGUGAAUGUAAUGGUCUACGUGGAUUAGUUCCAUCAAAUAUGGUUUCUGAAUUACAAUCACAUUCAUUAAGAUCACAAAAAAUUAAUCAUUCAAUAGAUUCUCAUUCAAAUCUAAUAGAUAUGAAUCAACAAUCAUCAGAUCAACUUAAUAAAACUUAUUCAACUGAUAAUAAUUUACAUGGACAAAUGAAUUCACCAACUCAAAAUUAUUAUACAACUAAAAAAUAUGAUCCAUUAAUUUCACAUACUAAUUCUGUUCCUCGAAAUAUAGAUUUUAUGAAUGAACAUUCAUAUCAUCCACAAAUGGCAAUACCUGAUUAUAUUGAAAUAAAAGAUUUACAAUCUAAUGAAUUAGAACAAGAUCGUAAUCUUCAUUAUUCCCAAUCUCAAACAAAACAUACUACUGCUACUACUACUUCUACUACUGUUACUACUACUAUUACUACUACUGAAUUAACUCAAAAUACAAUGAAUCAAAUCAUACCAAAUACAUUACAUCAUAAACCACCAAUGGACUCAAUACAACAACAAAUGAAUCAACAAUCAAAAAUUAUGAUUGCUAUUUAUGAUUAUGAUCCACAUAUAUUAAGUCCUAAUCCAGAUAUUGAUGCUGAAUUAUCCUUUCGAGCAGGUGAACAAAUUCUCAUUUAUGGUAAUAUGGAUGAUGAUGGAUUUUAUUAUGGUGAAACAAAAGAUGGUCGUCGUGGUCUUGUGCCUUCAAAUUUUUUAAAUUCUUAUAACAAUGAAAUUCAUUAUUUAAAUAAACAAAAAAAUUUUACAAAUUUACAUGAUUAUGAUCAAGAAAAAAUACAAAAUCAUAAAGAUCAAUCAUAUUCAAUGGAUCCAUUAAUUCGAAUAUCGAAUCGAACAAAUUCAUCACAAUUAUAUAAUAAUAAUAAUAAUACAAAUUAUGUUAGAAAUACGAGAUCAGAACCAAAUUCUGAUCGAACUAAACUUGUGCAUAAUACACGAUCCAAUUCACCUUGUACACAAACAAGAUCAUACACUACUUCUAAUAAUGAUGCUGUAAUAAAUACAAACAUCAAUUCAACUAAUUAUCAUCGAGAUGAAUUACCUACGAAUGAUAUGGAACGUUUUCCAGAGAAUGAAGAAAAUCCAAUAAUUGUAAUGGAUUUAAAUCCGAUAUCAAACAAUUCACAUAGAAAAGGUAAGUCAAAUAAAGAUUAUGAUACAACUUAUAUGAAUCAACGUGAUACUGAUGUUCCUGAUAACUACAUAGCAACAACUGGUCCUAAUUAUACACAACGAAGACGUUCAACAAUACGAAGUUUAUUUAAACGAGAAUAA